GUUCGUGUUCGCUCGUACUCGUUUCAACAGCAGGUCUUUGAGCUCCAGGUUGUCGUUGGUAAAGUACAAUCAGGCGUGUGAAUCCAGUUCUUUUGUCUGUGUAUUGUUAGAUGCAGUUAAACGACAAAGUGCAAUUCGUUUUUCUGCAUUCAAAAAUAACCUAGAGUACUAUUACGAAGUUCGAAGUACAAAGACGCACUGGCUGGAACUGCAUCGUUACAAAAGGAUACGACAUAUUGAAGACAAUACUUGCAAAAACAAAUGGGGGAAAAAAUAGAACCGAAAUACGAUGAAGUACCCCAAAAUGAAGAAAAUGCAGGCAAGGACAAAGAAGAAACGGAAGGAGGCGCCGUCCGGUUGCAAGCCAAGAUGAGUCUUCUAAACGGUGUAACCGUUAUCGUUGGCAGUAUAAUCGGUUCCGGAAUUUUCAUCUCCCCGACCGGUGUUUUAGUUCAAAGUGGAAGCGUGAAUCUUGCAUUGAUCGUUUGGGUUGUAUCGGGUAUCUUCUCGAUGAUUGGAGCCUACUGCUACGCCGAAUUGGGUUGUAUGAUUAAGAAGUCUGGUGCCGAUUACGCUUACAUUAUGGAAACAUUUGGCCCAUUUUUGGCAUUCAUCCGCCUUUGGGUAGAAUGCAUGAUUGUGAGACCGUGCUCACAGGCCAUCGUGGCAUUGACCUUUUCAAUCUAUAUUUUGACACCCUUUUUCCCAGAGUGCAGUCCGCCAACAGAAUCGGUUCGACUAUUAGCAGCUGCUUGCAUUUGUAUUCUAACAUUCAUUAACUGCUGGGAUGUGAAAUGGUCAACUUUUGUGCAAGAUACGUUCACGUACGCUAAACUCGUGGCACUGUUCAUUAUUAUUGGAACUGGAGCCUACCAACUCUGCACCGGCCACACUGAAUACUUUACGUUUGAAAACACGGAAACCGAUUUUACGAAGAUUUCCCUGGCAUUCUAUUCCGGAUUAUUUGCCUACAACGGUUGGAAUUAUCUUAAUUUCGUUAUUGAAGAACUCCAAGAUCCAGUCAGGAAUCUUCCACGAGCCAUUGCCAUUUCUCUCAUCACGGUCACGGUUACCUACGUCCUUACAAAUGUGGCUUUCUACACGACCCUAUCUCCACUUGAAGUACGAGGAUCAACCGCCGUUGCCGUGACAUUUGCGGAACGUCUGUACGGUCCCAUGGCGUGGAUUAUUCCCGUGUUUGUGGCAAUGUCUACGUUUGGAGCUGUCAAUGGAAUAUUAUUGACCUCUUCCAGGUUGUUCUACGCCGGAGCCUGUGAAAAGCAAAUGCCAGAAAUUCUCACCAUGAUUCAGAUUUCACGAUUGACGCCCACUCCAGCUGUUCUUUGCAUAGCAUUGCUUUCGCUCUUAUAUUUGAUGUCCGACAAUGUUUACAGUCUCAUCAAUUACGUUGGAUUCGCAACAUGGUUAAGCAUAGGUUUAGCAGUGGUUUGCGUUCCAUACCUACGGUGGAAACGGCCUGAUUUGGAACGUCCGAUUCGAGUUAAUCUCAUUUUUCCUAUCAUUUACAUCAUCGCAACAAUCUUCAUCACGGUUGUGCCGUGUAUUGCUUCUCCAUUAGAUACGGGACGCGGAGCGUUAAUGAUAUUAACGGGCGUCCCAGUUUACUUUAUAUUCAUUUACUGGAAAAACAAGCCACCAUGUAUCCGUAGGGCACUGUCCUUGUUUACUGUCACUCUCCAGAAGGUGAUGGUUGUGGUCAGCCCCGAAUGAUUUAUGUGUUGGACCCUUUGUUGAUAUACCUCAUAAUUUCUCAUUUUAUUUACAGUUGCCUUUACAGUCUUCAUGCAGAAGAUUAUGGUUGUCGUUGGAGCUGAAGAGCCGACCCGGGUGUAAAGCAGCACUCUUACCGUUGGUUCUGGGUUUUGUUAUCCUUCCCUUUGCUUUAAUUGUAGUUGGUGUUUUAAUUUCAAAUGUUCCUAAUUUUUGGGCUUCUUUGCCGAGAAAACAAUUACGCCAGGUUGAUCUCUUGUUCGAAGCAAAAUCGUCGGUGAGUCUCACAGUAGGAUCGUUUUCGAUCUGUCGUAAUUGACACCCCUCUCGGGAUGGUAGAAAAAAAAAUCUCUUGUUCUUCGGUUCGCAGUUCAUAUCUUGGAUCACUAACCAAGGUUGUUAUCUAAACUAGCAAAUGUUGUUCAUCACAUUAAGCUCAUCACCCCUUCCCCGUAUGCCUAAAAAAAAAAAAAAAAAAAGACUGCACUGGAAUUAAGCUUUUUAACUCAGCUUUGCCCUCUGUACCGCACAUUAGCACCCCUCACCCAGUCCUGUAUUGGCGUAUAGCAAAUUUUAGCCCGAAAAAUUUUUCCUUAAAUUUGCACGGUGUAACACGAGCUGGGACCCCUACACCUUUAAGUGCCGCGGAGCGUAACAAAGCAGAGGCCUUUGAAUAAUUUGAUUCCAUUUGUAACGUUGCUCUCUUAAGUUCGGAAUCUCUCUAACCUUCUUUACAAAUGCAUUUAUUUCCUUUCAAGCACAUGGCAUAAAGAUCGUCCAGUCCAAAGAAUAAGUAUUCCGUGUUCAGGUAUGUUCGCAUGACAAGUAGAUGCAAUGGCUUACUUUUCAGUCAGUGGGAUAGAAAAAUGUACCUCUUUGAAGUAAAACUUCAUGUAUUGUUGAGAAAAAGAACAGGAAAAAGAAAAGAAACCAAU